AUGUUGCAUUUUAGUGACGAUCAUGUAUCCAGUUCCGAUCGUUUACAUAAAAUCUGCAAAAUAAUUGAUGAGUUACGAGAAGCAUUUUUUAAAAUUCUUUUACCUUACCGUAACCUGUGUAUAGAUGAAAGUCUGCUUCUAUACAAAGGCAGACUGUCUUUCAAGCAGUUUAUUCCAUCGAAGAGAAAUAGAUUUGGAAUAAUAUCGUUUGUUCUUUGUGACUGCAAGGCGGGUUAUAUUCAAGACUUUAUUGUUUAUACGGGGACUGAUACCACUGUAGGGACCGAACAUAAGGACUAUGGUAAAUCAGAAAGUAUUGUAAUGUCCCUCCUAGAACCAUAUUUAGGUAAAGGCCACAUCCUUUACGUCGACAAUUGGUACACGAAUAGAACCGACAUGAUCAUCAGCACUAUAAAUUCUACCCGAAAAACAACGAAGUAGUACAAAAAAUAUUUCUUUUAUAUGAUUGACAUGUGUUUAUGGAACUCAUAUUGCCUAUAUAAAUUGAAAACCGAUAAAACAAUAUCAAUUGCAAAAUUUCAACUGAAAUUAAUCGAUCAAAUUUUGAAGAAAUAUCAGGAAAAAACAAACCGUCAUCCUAUUAGACCCGGAAAUAAUCACUCAUCAAGACUCAACGGAAGAUAUUUUCCUUCUCUUUAUGAAGCUAAAGGAAAAAGUAGAUCGCGAAGCACCGAAGAUGCACCUGGAAGGCCAAAAGAGGCUACGAAUGCGGAAAUCGCAAAGCAAGUGCAUCGAAUCGUUUUGAGUGAUCGUAAAGUGAAGUUGCGCGAGUUAACUGAGGCCGUGGGCAUCUCAAAAGAAUGGGCGGGAUACAUUUUGCACGAUGUUUUGGAGAUGAAAAAGCUAUCGGCACGAUGGGUAUCGCGUUUGCUGACCAUCGACCAAAAACAGCAGCGCGUGAUGAUUCAACGGCCGACUUGGCCCCCAGUGACUAUUAUCUGUUCCCAAACCUCAAGCGGUGGCUCCAGGGAAAGAUUCACAUCGAAUGAGGAAGUCAUCGCGGAAACCGAGGCGUAUUUCAAAGGCUUGAACGUUUCGUACUACAGAAAGAGCAUCGAAAUGUUGGAAAAUCGCUAUACCAAGUGUAUCGCCCUCGAAGGCAACUAUGUUGAGGAAUAA